AUGUUUUCAGUACAUCAUAUAGCGAGCACAGGAAAAGCUGACGUCAUAUGGCGCAUGUUUGAAGAUUUGUAUCUGUGUGCUGCGCUCAUCUGCUCUAUCGGUCUGGUCUGUAUGCUUGUCUUUGCCAUGACUAUCACAUGUCAGCACCUGCAGCACAGACGAAGACUACGAGCCAGUUAUUACCUUGUGAAGUGUCCAGAAAACAGCUCGGGAGAAACAGUAACCAGUGUGUGCAGCUCUUCUCCUGCAAUGCACAGAAAAGAGAGACGGCACAAACCACAGCUCAGAGACAUCACCGAACCACUACCACCACCACAGAUACCAGCUAAAGCACCUGUACCAAGAAAGCCACGAAGGACCAAACUUUUAAAGGCACAACCUACAAAAAGGCCAAGGGUGGUAGAGGACAGCCUGACAUAUGCAGAGCUGGAGCUGGUGGAACCGAAGCCUGCGCUAAAAACAGACUUGACUGGAUGUGCACAACCUGAGCCGAAAACACAAUGCACAGGGACUGUAUAUGCCCAAAUAUUCUUUGUGGAGAAGCAAGUGUAAAUAUUAGUUUCACACCAGAAUUAUUUAUAAGAAUAAAAUAUUUUUUUCCUACGUACUGAUGUUCUGUUAUUUCACACGUAUUAGUAUUUCUAG